CUAUCGUUCGCGAUAGAAUCUUUAUCCGGCCGCCAGUGCAACCUAUCCAUUUCACUUGGGUUUUUCGAGAGGGCCACCGCUGAAUUGGGAGAAAAUGGCUGACGGGAGAAAGGUGAACGAAGCAGGGCGUUGCGUAUCGACACUCAACGAGGAAAUGGAGCGUCAAAUGGAGGCCAGUACUCGCAAUUUUGCCAGCUACCUUCACUCGUCGCCUGUGAUACACUACAAAGACACGUGACAGUGUUUUCACGUACAUCAUCUCUGGACAACAAAAGGAAAUGACGACGUCAAGAAUGUGGUCGUCGCGCAUUGCUGUGCUGGCGCAGGUGUUGUGGACUGUCUUAUUAUUCGCACCUGCCACCCUGUUGGUGCACGCGGCCGUCUUGCAUCCUUCGGGAGGAUUCCAACCGUCGCUGGGACUCGGCUUAGAUUACGGCAGGCUUGAUGGGCCGGCUCCGGCUCUCACUGCGGAUUACGAUGCUGGCAAAGAAGCUUGCGCUCUAGUCCUUACGCGUUCCAGCCUUUACGAUCAUACCCAAUCCAUCUUCUUCGGCUCUGGGUCCGGUUACGGAGGAAAUUGCAUCACCUACGCGGCUGUUGAUCACGCCCUGGCGCAAGCCCUUCAAUACUUGCACAUUGAAACACCGCAAGAAGAAUGGAUGCCGGAACAGUUGGCCACAGUCGGCGAAGUCUUUCUUGAAACAGCUCGCAUCCUUGCCAGACGGUAUGCGCUGACACCGCAUGAAAUAGAAAAUCAACUUCCUCUUUUGGAUACCCACAAGACCAACUUGCUCAAAUAUUGCCCCGAUUUCAUGUCACCGCUCCAUUGCACACCUGGCAAGUACAGGAGAUUCGAUGGGUUGUGCAACAAUUUGCAAAAUCCGACAUGGGGUGCCCGUCUUACGUCCUUCACCAGGUUAUUGCCACCUGCUUACAGCGACGGCAUAUCAGAGCCUCGCAUUGGUUACGGUGGCCUACCCUUGCCCGGAGCUCGUUCAGUGACAUCGCUCGUUCACAUCGAAGAAACCCUCAACGAUCACGCUGCUACCACGUUAGUCGUCUCUUGGGGACAGUUUAUGGAUCACGACUUUACCUUAACGGGCACCAUGUUGAAUCCGCUGAACCGUAACGAAUUCGAAGAGUGCUGCCGACCACCUCACGGCUCCCCACCCAACAAAUAUUGUUUUAAUAUUGACGUUCCACCCAACGACGAAUUUUUCGGUCGAUUCGGCGUCCGUUGCAUCGACUUUGUCCGUGGAUUCCCUGGCGUUCGUCACGGCUGCCGACUAGGUUCGAGGACUCAAUUCAACCUACUGACUGCAACCAUCGACGCCAAUACUGUUUACGGUGUUAGAGAAUCGUUUGCCAGGUCUUUGCGAUCAGGUUAUGGUGGCCAUUUGCGGAUGAAUCCAGUGUUGAGACCCCUUGGACUGAUGGAUUUGCUUCCAGCCAAGACGGACAUCCCCGACGAGGGAUGCUCACAUCGAGCCGAAAAUGGCAACAAAUUCUGCUUUGAUGGCGGCGAGAUCCGCGUAAACGAACAGUUGAUUCUGACGUGCAUGCACACGUUGUGGGCCCGUGAGCAUAACCGAAUCGCCACACAGUUGUACAUUAUCAAUCCGCAUUGGGAUGACGAAAUCCUCUUCCAGGAAGCUAGAAACAUUGUGAUCGCCAUGAUUCAGCACAUCACCUACAAUGAAUUUUUGCCCGUGGUACUGGGCAAAGACAUGAUCGCCAAGUUCAACCUCGUGCUCCAAAAGGAGGGCUACUGGAAUGGAUAUGAUCCAACAGUGAAUCCAGGUAUCAUGGCUUCAUUCGCUGCCGCGGCCUUCCGAUUUGGCCACACUAUCUUGCCAACAAAUGUCGAACGGUGGAGCAAAGCCCAUCGUUACGUUACCCAUACGCCAUUGGCCGACCUCAUCCGUCAGCCGUUCCAGCUCUACGAACCCGGAGUGUUGGACGAAUAUUACAUCGGAAUGACUAACCAGCCGGCAUUGGCUUUUGACAAUUUCAUCACGGCUCAAGUGACGACCUUGUUGUUUCGUAAGCCAGGUGAGCGUCAUGGCGUCGACCUGACGGCCUUCAAUCUUCAGCGCAAUCGCGAGGUUGGACUGCCCGGAUACACUGAAUUCCGCAAGUUUUGCGGCUUGUCACCUGUACACACUUGGGAAGAUCUUCUCGGCUCGAUGAGCAAUGAUACGGUUUAUCGCUAUGCGGCCACCUUAAGAACUCCGCACGACAUCGAUCUUUGGUCUGGUGGUGUGUCUGAAAGAGCAUUACCGGGCAGCCUGUUGGGCCCCACGUUUGCUUGCAUCAUUGCCACGCAGUUCAGCAGCGUUCGCGUUGGAGACCGUUUCUGGUACGAACUGGGCAAUCAACCCUCGUCUUUCACCCCUGCCCAGUUGGAAGAAAUCCGCAAAUCACGAUUAGCUCGAGUCCUUUGCGAUAAUACGGAUUUGAUUCAGACUAUUCAAACCUAUCCUCUCGUGCUGCCCGACCAUGAAAUCAAUCCUCGAGUCAGUUGCAAAUCAUCCAUUAUUCCCUACGUGGAUCUGACCAAAUGGGCUGAGCCCCACAAUUCUCAUUUACCGAAAACGCCUACCCUAGUACAACCUGUUCCGCACGGCCAUGCACAUGCAAGCACGGGCAACCCCAAUAAGGACGGCAUUACCGUCAACGAAGUCGCCAUUCAUAUGUUGAGAGAGGCCCUCAGUAGCGGUGUCUAUGCUGGCCAGUUCGCAGGUCCACAUCGUGCACCUCUAUAUCCUCAUUCGGGUAAAAUCAAGCCAACGCCAACGCGUCGGCCAAUCGUCCUCAGCCAAGAAUACAUCGACACCCUCAACAGCCACCUCAUUGGAGCUGGAUUUCCGGGAUUAAAUGGCCUGUACAAUAUCCUUACUCACGUUCCAAACAAUUUGUACAAACGAACGGCCAACUCGAGUGACUUUUUUGGAGAUUACGCUCCUUAUGCCCCAAAGCAGGCCGCUGAAUAUCGUACGGAUAUGGACGAAGUGGUCGAAACAGCUAUGCAUGGCCCUCUAAAUUAUAAAGGAAAAUUCGUUGUCAACAAGUUCGUACCCAUUGAGGGCCCGUAUGGCAAAUUCGAUUUGCAAGACUUUGUCAAUUUAGCGGAACAUUUGGUCAAGACUAGUAACCAGUUGCCUGGUGCUAGUCAAGCGAAAGAAACUGACGCUGUUAACUUCGAUGCAGAUUCGCCCAGUUUUCUCGACAAUGUGGGAACGGCAAACGCGCGCACGAUAUCCAGCUCAUCGACGUCCAAUAGUGUGAAGAAACCCGCCAUUUCUCCCAACACCAGGAAGUCGAACUACCGCAGCCGAGUUCGUAAUGGCCGCUCGAAACGAGCGGAAAGUGAACCAGAGAACGUCAAGGGAUCUGCUGAAGUGCCGCUUGAUCUCUCUCAUUUUUCGAAACCAUCUAGACUUGACAUAUUCUUACCCGAGUACAUUGUCGACCAUGUCGAAGCUCACGCAGCAACACUUAAGAACAAGAGCCAUGAAAAUAACGCGAAUUCGACAUCUGAGGAUGUCGAUCAAGUCAUCAAGGCAGAAGAAAUCCGCGCUGCUGAACAUAAAAAUAUUGAAGUUGAUAUUCAAAAGGCCGUUGAAGCCAUGAAAAAUCUAGAAGAUUCGUACAAGGUACUGUACGAUCAAAUCGAAGCGGCCAGGAAGCUAUUCCCUGAUAACGACGACCCUGCUCACAAGACCUUGGAAGACAUCCUAUCUACGGCUUCCACACCUAGCUCUAACUUAGAAAGCGAAACUUUAACCACUACUGGCAACAGUUAACUUAAAACAGAACGUGUUUUUUUUUUAUAAUAUUCUUUUAUUUUUAUUUUUCAGUCAUCGUUCCUGCUUUACUCCUCAUUCUGACAACCAUUUCAUGAUCCCAAAAUUUAUUCUGUACAUGCACGCGUCUCUUUCUUCUGCGUUGCCAAUGAGGUCGAUUGGCUUUCUCCCGGCUAACUGUAUAUUCGGCAUCAUGUCAACGUAGAUCGUGUCUAUUUGACCAGAAACAUUUCGAUUCAUGUAGAGAAGAAUGGAUGCCGAAUUAUCUGAGUGUGGUUUGCGUAUUAAGACAUUUAUUAUGUACCGGGGCAACCCUUAAUUUUUAUCUUAGGCUGAUUGACUAAUCAAUGAUCGCAUUAACGUGAAGAAAUUGAAACCGAUUGCACGAGGAACUCGAAACGCCAAAAAAUAUUAGGGAUUCGGGGAUCACUAUAUUGUCAUGCGCGUCUCUUUCAUUAUAAUUUUUUUCAAGAAAAAAAAACAGAUGUACUAUUCUUUCAAUCGAAUGGUUAUAUACACAGAAUCCUAUAUACACGAAACCCCAAGAAAUGUUACAGCCCAUCUUCUAAUUUGGUUUCAAAUAAAUAGAGCUAUGAUCGAUAUACGUAAAUAGACCCUGUGGGGAUCACGAAGAAAUGGUUGUGGUUUAUCAUGGUCAAAUAUUGAAUGUAGUGGGUGAUACGUCCUUGUGUAACUCCCUUAGGAGCCAAUAAAUUCUUCGAUCUGCGACA